CACGGGACGUAUAAAUACCAAACACGAGGGACUCCAGGCGUGCGUGAUCGCGAGCAUCCCCGCGCAGCACGUGGAUUACAAUAACAGGAGGAGCCGCGGAAGGCGCCCGAGGGACACGAUCAUCACGAUGUCGAUGCUGAAGAACGUCGCUCUGUUCCUGCUCCUCUCCUGCAUCGCGCAGCACGUCCUCGCGGCCCAGAGCGAGAGGGGCGCGGGGCGGAAGGGGGGCAGAGCAAAGGCAGAAGGCAGAGGGAAGGGGGGAGCGAACAGGGACGCGCCCCCGGAGAAGCCCCCCGGCGAGAAGCCCCCCGGCGAGAAGUCCCCCGGCGCGUCCCCGCGGGCCGACAAGGCUCAGAAGAGCCGAGGAGCGAACGAGGUCUUCAAGGGCAAGUUCUCCACGAAUGACAAAACGCAGUGCACGUGGGCGGCCAGCGGCAAGGUCGCGAUCACGCUGGGGGUCACGUGCAGGAACGGUGGGCUGGAGUUCGCGUGCGAGUACACGGCCAAGCCGUCCGUGUGCCCGCAGUACGCGGCCAACUCGAAAGCCUACUGGAAGCAGAUCUCCAGAGCCCUGAAGAAGCAGAAGAAGCUGUGCCAGGACGCGAACGCGCUCAUCAAGUCGGGCGUGUGCAAGAGAGCCAAGAAGGACGCGCAUUUCAGGUUGAACCAGGGUACCAGCACGAGCGCGCCCCCGCCGGGGCCCACGACGAGCGCGCAGGGGGGCAAGUCCUGCAAGGACAGUGUGGACCACAAGAAGAUGGCAGAGGAGCAGUGCGGCAGCUCCUGGAGCUCCCUGUGCACCUUCUUGUUCUCCAUGAUCCAGAGCGAUGACUGCUGAGCCUUUUGCUCCGGGCCAGGAGGAGCAUCCAGGUGGAGACAAGAGGACCGUUUCGCUCAGUUCAUGGAUCCCAUCUUCGCUUUUCAGCUUCUUCAAGGGGUGGGGGGUAUAAUAAUGUAUCCAUCACUAACAUAUUUUUUUAAACUAUGAAAUGCACUGUUUGGAAAACCCUGUUGCCACUGUUUUCUUUAAGUGUUUUCUUUGAAUGUCCUUAUAUGCAGCUUUUUUUGUAUUUAUAACUUGUAAAGAUGCCAAAUAAAUUUUUAUUUAUUCACUUUG